AAAAUUUAAGCAUAGCACUUGUUUUUAGAUAAUGUUAAAAAUAUGUAUUAGAAAAUAACAUGUUCUCAACCAAAGACUAUGUGCAAGAAAAAGGACAGAAAAGUGGAAGAGGAAGAUUUGAGUAUUUACAAGCUCUUGUAACAGAGUUUCAAGAUACUGAUAAGCAAGGUUCAAAGGUGGAAGUGCUAGCUAAUCUUGCUAAUUUCGCUUACGAUCCUCUUAACUAUGAUUAUCUGCGCAAGUUAAAUGUUGUUGAUCUAUUUUUAGAUAUGUUAAGUGAGCAAAAUGAAAAGUUUGUUGAAUUUGGUAUGGCUGGAUUGUGUAAUCUUUGUUUAGAUGUUAUCAAUAGAGAUCAUAUCUUGAAAAAUGGUGGCAUUGAAAUUAUUACUGGAUGUCUUUCAAGUUCAAACGAAGAGACUGUAUUAAAUGCAAUAACAACCCUAAUGUAUCUUGUAACUCCUGAUAGUAAAGAUGAAAUAGUUUGUGAUGAGAUUAAAGACUGCAUGAUGCAGCUUAAAGAGUCUAAGAAUCCUAGAUUAAAGAAUCUUGCUUUAAUUUUUCUUGAGGAUUUGUGCAGUUCACCUCAACAAAACUGAUAAUUCAGAUAGCAUAACGUUAAAGUAUAUACUGGUAGAUGUUUUCUUAAACAAAAAGUUGUUAAUAGCAUCUCACUUAAUCAACAUAUAUGUAUAAUAUUUGGCAUGUUAAAGUUUCGAAAUCUUUUUGGACCUUAUAAAAAUUUUUGAAAUCAAGAUUUUGGUACUGUCACAUAAGUUUGCUGGUGAACUCUUCUGUGAUAAUGUUAUGAAUAAGUCAAUAUUUUGUUGGCAUUAGGAAGUGACCGGGGCCCCAGCCCUGUCCUCGGCUAAAAAUGAGACUUUUUGCAAACCCACCCCCAGCAAAAUUAAAAGAUUUAGUAGGGGUUAAUAGCUAGGGUUAGAAAAAAGUUUAUAAUACUUUAUAUAUUAUAUUUUUAUACUUACA